AUGGCUUCAAGGAAUGAUGGUAUUCAGCUCCUUUUACAAGCUGAAAAGAGUGCCAGUGAGAAAGUAAAUGAAGCAAAAAGGCGUAAAGGUAAACGAUUAAAGGAAGCUAAAGCUGAGGCUCAAGCAGAAAUAGAAGCUGAACGAGCUGAGCGUGAGCAUCACUUUAAAAUUUGCGAGGGUAAGGUACUUGGUCGUCGAUCAGAAAUUGAGUCACAGAUUCAAAAGCUAACCCAAGAAAUAAUCGAUGCUCAAACUGCCUCAGUAAAUCUUCAUAAAGAAGACGCCAUAAAUAUGUUGUUGAAUUGUGUAAUGCAAAUUCAGCCACAGCUACACAAAAAUUACCGCAAUGGAAUAACGAGUUAA